CUGGGGGUGUGCAUACUGACACAAAUCCAAUAUUGGUGCUGAAUUAGCGCAGCAUGUUUUUUUGAGGUAGGAGAAGUCUAUGAAAUGCUGUGGAAAGAAGGGCUCCUGAUGAAACUGAAAAGCUUGAAAAUUGAAGGAAGGAUGUAUAACUGGAUUAAGAGUUUCUUAUUUGGAAGAACGAUUGAAGAAAAAGUAGGGACCAUCAGGGUUGCACAAGCCAGUGCACUCUUAGUGCCGGUCCCAAGCCCGGAUAAAUGGGUUUUUAAUUUCCCCCUUAUUCUGUGUUCGCUCCACACUCCAGAUCAGUAGGUGGCGGUAAUGCACCUUUCGUUGGUCUGCCAAACCGCCAUUAAACAUCACAAGAAGAAGAAGAAGAAGAAGAAGAAGAAGACAAUGUGGGGAAAGCGCGAAAACAAGAUUUACUCGGCGACGCCUCUAGAUAACCUGAAAUCGGGAGACCGGGUGAAGUGAAGCGGUGAAGUACUUCAGAAGAAAGAGCCGGAACACCAAACGGUGGCUGGGACCUUUCCAGGUGCUCCUGACUACGCAGACUGCUGUAAAUGUCGCAGAGAGAGCCACGUGGAUUCACGCCAGCCGGUGCAAACGAGUGCCAGACCCGGAACAGGGGUUGAUGGGAGACGGGGAAAGUGAGAACACUUCACAUAGGAACUCUGGUGUCGCUGGACCUCGUGAGGUGGGAGAAGGGCGCCGUUUAGGUGCUUAAGUCGCACCUGCCCUUCAAGCACCAAUAACGUCAAGAAUAGGAAAGGUGUCACCAGACCAGAUCUAGAACAAACAGGAGACCCGCUCCGAUCCACCUGACGACACACAACCUGAGAAGGAUACGUUGAUUUAAGUAGUUAAGUGUUGAAUUAUGUUGUAACGAGUUUCGCCGAGAAUAUUCACGAUAUUAACCUUCUCUUGAGCAGAUUCUAUCAAAAUCUAUCUUAUGUUCUUUUUCAGUGUUGAAGAAUCUCUUCUACAUUUGUUUUGCCUCCUUCUCCAAGUCUUUUUGAUCAGAAGUUACUGUUUUUAUUACUUUUUUUGUAAAAACAUUGUACAGUUGACUGAAGCUGCUAUUAUUCUUUCAGAUUUGAACUCUUGUUUUCACGAUUUCUCACCAAAAUGUGCUGAUCUGACCAAUCACAGUCCAGAAAAUGUACACUUGUGUAAAAAAUGCUAAUUUUGAUGAUGCAGGUGCAGUACCAGGCCCUGGCUACAGGGGCGCACUCUCGAAUUCAGGGAUACACUGUGUAAUAAAAAGUCAGUUUUUCUGUGGUAUGUAAGGUCAUGCCUCAAAACUUUGAGAGGAGGAUUCUGGGACAUAGUAGAAGCAUCUACAGUGCAGAAACAGACUGAACAUGAUUUCAUUCAGAACAGACAUUUUUUAACUUUCUCACAUACACACACUGAAGGUCCCUGUCUCCAGAUCUUCUCCUGUACAACACUGAAAGAGAGAGAGAGACUUUCAACAUUCCUUUAUUAUGACAGUUAGGCCGUGUCCACCAUUCAUUUAUCAAAAGUGCAUUUGUCCCUAAUACCUACUUAAAAGGUAAAUAAUGAAACCCCUUGUUUGUAGUAAAAAGGGUAGAAAUAAAAGAAGUGGAUGAAUGGGUGGAUAAACAGAUAGAAGUGUAUAUUAGAGCAUUUUGUUUAAGAGAAGGUGUUUUAUUAUCAACACUACACAGAAGCCCCUCUUGCCCCCAGACCCUACAGAACUCCUGCACUCUGUGUGUCAUCCUGCACUGCACAAACUCAAUCUUCAGUCCGGCCUUCAAAAGAGUUCUAAUGCGCUGUUCUGGAUUCAGUGUUCCCCUGACUAUCAGUUUAUUUUUUCUCAUAAGCAGGUAGCUAGUUCAGCUCGGCCUAUUAUUACAUUAACUGUGCAGAUUGUCUCUCCACAGAUAAUCAGCUUCUCUGUGAGUAUCUGCACUAAAUGCCCUGUCCAACUUUACAGUGUAUUGAACAUAUCUCUAAGUCUGUUACAUCUAAGGAAGAGGUGGACAAUGGACAUGUUGUAGCUACAGUGGAGUCGAUAUGUGCCACGUGUCUGUCUGUGGCCCCGAUACUGGAUCAGAGUGAUUUGAGACGAGUCUGGAGUGAAUCUGGAUCAGUGUGAUUUGAGACGAGGCCGGAGUGAGCCUGGAUUAGUGCACUUAAGAGAACUCGGUUCAGACUUUACCUGAAAAUCAGUCACACACACACACACACACACACACACACUUCAACACAGCAGCAUUUACACAUUUUCUUUCUUUUCUACCUCAAAUAAUCCCAAAUAUUCUCCUACACAACACUGUAGUGCAGUAAACAUAGUGUACGAGACACUACACAAAAUAAAAUCCUUUUACAGGAAAAUGUAGAUAAAUAACACAUUUAGUUCAUACACUAGUGCACUACAAAACCACUGCCUUUCCUGAUCACCCUACAAAGUGCACUUCAACAUCCAGUCAUUUGGGACUCGUACGAGUUUCCGUUAACGAUGCGGGUACAGUGUUAAAGAGGCUCUUUCUUAAAGAUAAGUCACAUACAUUAUCAUUAUUAAUAUUUUUACUGUAUAAAUGCACUUCAAAAUCGAGUCAUUUGGGACUCGUACGAUCAAUAGUAAAAUGAAGGCGAAAAAGAAAGCGAAAUAAUUGUUUAUAAAAAUGUUUUGUAUUUCUUCGCAGGGUAGCAAACGCGUCUACAUCCAUUAUUGGUGCGCAGUAGGCAGAAACUUAAAUACCGGCGCGCUAGGGUUAGUACGGUAGUUCAUGUUGACCAAAACACACAAGAAAACGCGUUUCGGGAAAAAACAAUUAUUACAUUAUUAUAUCUACUGUCAUUAUAAUGUGUGUGUCUGUGUCUGUGUGUGUGUGUGUGUGUAUAUGAGAUUGAUUUGUGCGCGUGUGUGUGAGUGUGUAAAGCCCUAUUCAGACAGGACUAGUUUUACAGGGGGUUGAUAUCUUACCGAUUUCAAUAAGCACUACAAAAGCCAAGAUAAAAACGUUUAAGAUUCACUGUUUAACCUACAACCAGCAAAGUUGAAACACAUUUACAAGCUGACUUUGAGAUUUUAGCCGGAAAUCAUCUCUUUUUGUUUCUCCUCAAAUUUUCCAAAAGCCAGGUAGAGGUUUUCAUCAAUCUACUCCAAACCAAAAAACUCACUUCUCACAUGAGCAGUGUAUCCACGUGCAUCCUUGAAGUGAGUGUAUUUAAUCAGUUCUUCAGGUCUGGGUGAACCAUUACAAGUGCAGAGGCGUUAAAGACCUCAACUGGAUACACUGCAAAAAAUGCCCCUCUUAAAACAAGCUAGAUUUACUUAAAUCUAGUUAAAUUGUACUGAAAUCAAGCAAAAAUAUCUGCCAAUGGGGUAAGCAAAAUUGACUUGGUAAGAAUUCUUGAAACUAGCAUUAAUAUCUAGUCAAUAAUAAAUUCUACUAGAUCCUGUAACUAGACAGAAAAGCCCAGUUUCAAACCUUUUUUUCUUCCUUUUUAUAAACAGAAUAAUAAAAAAUGAAAAACUGCUUAAAUCUGGUCAUUAAAAAUAAUGUGUCUUAAAACUAGACAAACAAGAAAUUUUCACUGUUUUAUAAGGACUACAUUUUAAAGAAGAUUGCAUUAAAACUAGAAUAUUACACCUUAAAUUCAGCAUAUUCUAUUAUUUUUUGUAAUCACACAAAACCCAAAAAUUGGAUGAAAUACGCAUAAAACAUAAAAAUACAAUAUGAAGAAACAAACACUCAGGUUUGACAACCAUUCAUUAAACAUUCAUUAAAAGCAUUGCAUUAAAAAGGACAUUUGAACAAAAAAUGUAAAUUCUGUCAAUUUACUCACCCAUAUGUUGUUCCAAUCCUGUGAGUUUCUUUUACUGUGUACAAAAGUACACAGUAAUAAAAAUAAAAUGUUGGCAGGAAUCGCACAGCCAAAUAAACAGUCUAAAAAUAAUCCCCAGAAAUAAAAAUAAGGCAAAAACUUUGGCACAGAUCAAUACACUGUAUAAGCCUCAAACAGAAGUCAGUCUAAUGUAUUCCAUUAUUUAAUGGAAGAUAGAAACACUAAUGAAAAUAGGAGAAUAGGAGAAACAAUCAAGUCCACAACAAUACGCAUAUAGGAAAUUAGAGUUGAAUUUAUCAAAGCACAUCUUGAUAUUGCUAACGUAACAUCAGUUUUUGAUGUCCGGGUGAACGCUGGCGCUGUUGGCUGCCGCUGCUCAGGGAGGGAAUUUAAAAAAUUUUACAACUUUAAUCGCUCCAGAAUAGUCCUGCACUUGUGAAUGCAUAGAUGCAUCUAUGGACUGUUUUUAAAACACUUUAACCAUUUUGAGGAGUCUGACCUGUGAUCCGUGCUGAUUCAGCGGGUUCGUACAACAUUAUCUCGGACUGUACGCUAGCUGAUCUCCCUGCGUCUUGACUAUUGAUGCUUCCUGCGGUUGCCGAUUUGACUGCCGGUUGUUGACUGCUCUUCGUGGUGCAUCUGGCGUGCGGUUCGGCUGUGGGGAUCGCUGGGCUGCUGGUGCGGAUGAGCUGUAUCUGGGUCGUCCUCUCUGCAGUAUACCACUCUGUAGCAUGGAUGAUGCUCCAGUAUUCGGCGGGGGAACUAACGCAGCUCCGUUUGCGUUCUUCUAAUCUUCUGUCAUCUCCACAUCUUCCCCUGGAUAUCGUGUACAUACCGCGUCGGAAAUAUAUACACGGUGGGUCUCGGCGAAGCUACACCAUCGAUGGAUCAUGUCACAUACAGGCCUUUUGGUCAUCUAAACCUCGCCUGCCUAGGAGGCCUACACGGACUGUCGAUCGCAGUGUUUUAACUAAUCCGGCUAGAUCGGUUGGCAACGAUUCUAGUAAGAACAAUUUUUCCUUUGGAUUACUGAAUAUACGAUCGCUUUCCACUAAAGGACCCCUGGUGCACGAUCUGCUGUCUGAUCGUAAGUAUGAAUUUCUCUGUCUAACCGAGACAUGGCAGAAACCAGAUGACUUUUUUCAUUUAAACCAGUCUGUUCCCCCGGGAUAUAGUUAUGUCUGUAAAUCUCGCGAUACAGGAAGGGGAGGGGGACUAGCAAUACUCUAUAAAGAGAAAUUGAAAGUAUCUCAGUUAACUCUUUCCACAUAUUCCUCUUUUGAAUCAAUUGCCAUAAAAAUCAAUGGUGCGGUUCCUACAAUCCUUACAACUAUCUUACGCCCCCCCAAGAGCAAUAAUGCCUUUUUAACUGAACUAUCUGAACUCCUGACUCAUCUAUCUUCCAUAUCUCCAAAUGUUAUCCUUCUGGGUGAUUUUAACAUUCAUAUAGAUAAUACCAGUAAUGCAGUUACAAGCGAAUUUUUAUCAUGUUUGGAUUGCUUUGGUAUACAACAAUUUAGCACACUGCCCACUCACAUCAAGGGGCAUACUCUUGAUCUCGUUUGUUGCUCCGGUAUAAUACCUUUUAAUUGUACUGUUUCUGAUCUUUCUAUAUCAGAUCACUUUUUGGUGUCUUUUUGUGCCAAGUUGGCCAUCUUUAAGGCAAAGUUGAACAAAGUCCGAUUUCAUUUCGGAAUAUUAAGAACAUUGAUUUGCCUACUCUUGCUGAUGAACUUGCCAUCUUCUCCAGUAAAUCUGAUUUCUCUACUGCUGAUGAAUUAGUUAAAUAUUAUGAUGACGGACUGAACAUGAUUUUGGAUGAAUUCGCACCUGUGAAAACUCGAACUGUUUCAUUUGUACAUUCAGCUCCCUGGUUCACACCUGAACUGCGUGAACUUAAAACUAA